AUGGACUUUUUAGAUGAUAAUGAAGAACUUGAUUUAGAGCUACCUCAAACAAGUGAACUUUCUGUUGAUCUAUUUGCUAAUACAUUAGAGAAAUAUUCUAUUAAAAAAAAAGACAAAGAUAAGAAUAAAGAUAAAAAUGAGAUAGAGUUCGAUAUUGAUCAAUUCUUAAUGGAUCAUAAUUUCCAAUAUUCUUCAUUAGACACGUUAAUUAGAAACAUUUCAGGCUUGAAAGACGAAUCACUCCGAAAUUUACUAAAUGCAAUUAUCCAAAAUUAUAACAAUUAUAUAAACUUUUUUAAGACUUAUGAUAGGAAUGAUAAUGAAAUUCUCUUAGAAUUACAAAGAACAAAAAUAGAUAUUGAAAAUUUUACUAAGGAUUUAAAUCAAUUACUGACGAAAGAUAUACCGUACAGUAAAGAAAAAAUUGUUGAUAUCUGUGAAUAUUUAAAGGAAUUGGACAAAAUAUCAAAUAUUUUAAUGGAACAUGACCUUUUGGCCCAAAGAUUAUCAAAUGGUAAAAAAAUGAGUAAGACUUUACACGAAAUGUGUGGAUUAGACGACUUUGAUGAAAUUUUAUGUUCUGAUUUGAUUGAAAAGAUUAAUGAGCAUAUAAUGAAAUGUAAUUUACUCUUUAUUAAAUUUGAAGAUCUACACUCUCCAUUUCUAAAUCAUCUUUAUAAUGAUUAUCAAGGUUUAAUCCAAGAAUUUCAAGUCUCAUUGAAGAUAAUAACUGAUAAAUGUUUAAGUGAUAUUGCUACAUAUCCCAAGUUAUCAAAAGUGUUGGUGUCGUUGAUAAAUAAAGUAGAAUCUUAA